ACGCGUGACCGCGGACGUUAAGGAAGUGAUGCGUACGCGCUCGGCGUGCGUGGUCGGUGAGUGGCAGCGCGCAGGCGCGGCUGCCCGAGGUGUCCCGGGAGCCGAGCGGCGAGGUGAGUCCCGCGUCCGGCCGUGCUGCUCCCGCCAGCGGCACCUCCGGCCCGGCCCGGCCCGGCCCGGCCCGGCCCGGCCCCUCCUCUCCUGCCCGCUCGCUGCCUGGGCCGGCCCCCGCCUUGCCUGCGGAGAGACGCGGUGAAGCGCCCGAGCUUGUGGUGCGGUGCAGGCCGGGGUGGAUGGGGUCCGGGGCCGUCACCGGUGGGCCGGUGCGCGGGGUUGUCAUGGUACGCGCUGCCUGAAUGCGGAGCCGAGCGUGCGGCUUGCGCGUUCGGCGCUGGCGUCAGGGAACCGUGCGCUGGGGCUGGGAUUCGCGGGCUGCCGCGCAGGGAGCGGCUGCUGAGCGAGCCCACCUGCUUCAUUGAUGUCUUCCUGCAAGUUAGUAACGCUUGCUUCUCCCGAAGUUGAUAAAAAUACGUGUUUUCAGAAGACAGCUUCACCCUGAAGGCUCCAAACCAGGCUUGCCUCGAGGAUGCCAACAGACAACAGCCACCUGCCAGACAGUGUCCAAGAACAAGACUCUGUUACCACUUCAAGCAGUAAUUGCCUACAUAAUGAUGAGGAAUUGGGAAUUGAACAAGAAAAUGGCAUUUGUGACAAUGACCUGGAUAAUAGUGUUGGGGUUCCCAGCUCUGCCAGCCAGCCGUCUACUUCCAUGGCUGUUCCUUUGGAGGUGCCCAGAAGAGGACAACCCAUUUUACAGAUCAACAGGCAGCAGAUUCAGUCCAUCUCAUAUAGUGCACAGGCUGCCGAGCUCAAAGGUUUAGGAGUUGAUGUCUAUGACCAGGAUGUAUUGGAGCAAGGAGUUCUUCAGCAAGUAGAUAAUGCAAUUAAUGAAGCUAAUAAAGCAACAAAAAUAGCUGAUGCAGAGAAAGAAUAUCGGUCAGUGCUGGAUGACUUAAGAUCAUGUACAACAUCUCUGAAACAAAUAAAUAAAAUUAUUGAGCAACUUUCACCUCAAGCUGCCGACAACAAAGAUAUAAACAGAAAACUAGAUUCUGUGAAACGGCAAAAAUAUAACAAGGAACAACAGCUAAAGAAGAUAAAAGCAAAACAAAAGCGCCUCCAAGCAAUUCUUGUUGGAACAGAGAUUCUUGAUAAAGUAAAUGAGAUUGAAUUCGAGGAAGAUGAAGAACCUGGUCCAUCAUGUCUUGGCAGUAUGCUUAUGCCAGUUCAGGAAACAGAGUGGGAAGAGCUUAUUCGUACUGGUCAGAUGACUCCAUUUGGAACUAAAAUACCUCAGAAGCCAGAGAGGAAAACACGACAAUUAAUGCUAAAUGAAGCAUCUGAUUUUGAAAAGUACUUAGCAGACCAAGCUAAGCUGUCGUCUGAAAGAAAGAAAUUAUCGCUUCACAAACGAGCAAAGAAGAAAUUACAAGCCAAAAGUGCCCAGUGCAUAGCUCCCACAUCUGCUACGAAGGAAAAAGGGGGUAAAGCUCUGUCAAAAACAGAUAAGCGCUUAAAAAAACACCUUAGAAAACUUCAGAAGCAUGCCCUUCAGAUUCAAUCAAAGGCAGAUAUUCCAAAAGAAAAGAAAUAUCCUGAGACCAAAAAGUCCGGGCGUGAACAGGAGGAUGAUAGUGGAGAGUCUGAGUAUGUACCUGAUGAGGAGCUCUUUGAUCCAGAAGCAACAGAAGAGGAAGAAAAGCAGGCAUCUUCUCAUGCUGAGAAUGAUUCUGAUUAUGAACUCAGGAAUUUGCCAAGAAAAAGAAAAUGUUUGGUAAAGAGAGAUUUUAAAGAAGCUGAAGAUGAUGCUGACUUCUUUCCAAGCUCUGAGGAUGAAGAGCAUACACCGAAGAAAGGCAAAGUAAAGAGAUGGAGAGAUGAUGGAGAUAAAGACUAUUAUAAACAGAGACUAAGGAGGUGGCAAAAAGAACGUUUGAAGGACAAAGAACAUCAAACAGCUGAGGAACUUUCUGAAGAAAGUGACACUGAAUUUGAAGAGGGUUUCAAAGUACCAGGAUUUCUCUUCAAAAAGCUUUUUAAGUACCAGCAGACAGGUGUUAGGUGGCUCUGGGAAUUGCACUGCCAGCAGGCAGGAGGAAUUCUGGGAGAUGAGAUGGGAUUGGGCAAGACCAUCCAGAUAAUUGCCUUCUUGGCAGGUCUGAGCUACAGCAAGAUCAGGACUCGUGGUUCAAAUUACAGGUACCAGGGAUUGGGUCCAACAGUGAUUGUUUGUCCAGCAACUGUGAUGCAUCAGUGGGUAAAAGAAUUCCACACUUGGUGGCCUCCAUUUAGAGUUGCCGUUCUCCAUGAAACUGGUUCUUAUACCAACAAAAAGGUGAAACUAAUUCAUGAAAUUGCUUCAUGCCAUGGAAUUUUAAUUACAUCUUAUUCAUACAUUCGACUGAUGCAGGAUAACAUCCACAGCUAUGACUGGCAUUAUGUGAUUCUGGAUGAGGGUCACAAAAUCCGAAAUCCAAAUGCUGCAGUCACACUUGCAUGCAAGCAGUUCCGCACACCACAUCGAAUCAUCUUGUCUGGCUCCCCUAUGCAAAAUAACCUAAAAGAGCUCUGGUCCCUCUUUGACUUUGUAUACCCAGGGAAACUGGGAACACUGCCUGUGUUCAUGGAGCAAUUUUCUGUUCCAAUAACAAUGGGAGGAUAUUCCAAUGCUUCUGCUGUCCAGGUAAAAACUGCGUACAAAUGUGCCUGCGUGUUACGGGACACCAUAAACCCCUACUUGCUGCGAAGAAUGAAGGCUGAUGUAAAAAUGAGCCUUUCACUUCCAGAUAAAAAUGAACAGGUCCUAUUUUGCCGUCUGACAGAUGGGCAGCGUGAAGUCUAUCAAAAGUUCAUCAACUCUAAAGAAGUUUACCAGAUUCUCAAUGGAGACAUGCAGAUUUUCUCAGGGCUAGUAGCUUUGAGGAAGAUUUGCAACCACCCUGACCUCUUCGCUGGUGGUCCAAAAAUUUUGAAGGGUGUACCAGAUGCUGAAGUGGAGGAAGCAGAUCAAUUUGGAUACUGGAAACGUUCAGGGAAAAUGAUAGUGGUGGAAUCCUUGCUGAAAAUAUGGCACAAGCAAGGUCACAGAGUGUUGUUUUUCACUCAGUCAAGACAGAUGCUGCAGAUACUUGAAGUCUUUGUGAGAGAGAGAAACUAUUCCUACCUCAGAAUGGAUGGCACCACCACAAUAGCUUCCAGACAGCCGCUUAUAACAAGAUAUAAUGAGGACAAAUCCAUCUUUAUUUUUCUUCUAACAACUCGUGUUGGUGGCAUUGGAGUUAACUUGACUGGUGCUGAUCGGGUUAUUAUUUAUGAUCCUGACUGGAAUCCCAGUACAGACACACAGGCUCGGGAACGUGCUUGGAGAAUAGGCCAAAAGAAACACGUGACUGUGUACAGGCUUCUCACUGCAGGUACUAUUGAAGAGAAGAUAUACCACAGACAAAUCUUCAAACAGUUUUUAACGAACCGAGUGCUGAAAGACCCUAAGCAGAGGCGCUUUUUCAAAUCCAAUGACCUUUAUGAACUUUUUACUCUGAGCAGCCCAGAUGUGUCUCAGGGGACAGAAACAAGUGCAAUUUUUGCAGGUACUGGAUCAGAUGUUCAAGUCCCAAAACACCACUUGAAACGGAAGCUUGAAAAGCCACCUGAUAAUGAUGCUUCUAAAGGUGAUUUUCAUCUUACAGAAGGCAGUUCACCAAAGUGCACCAAGUUAUCCAAUUCCUACUCAACCACCCACGUGACAAGUUCUUCUUCUAAAGCAAUAGAGACAAGUGAGGAAACCAAAGGAAAUUUGGAAGCCUUUGACCAAAAUAGCUAUGCAAAAGAUAAUGCACAAGCUGCUACUAAUAUAAAUUCAUUCAAUAAAAGCAAGGAGGAAGAUUUGGAAGGAGCUGACAAAUCUACAUCCCACUUACUGCCAGGUGAUGCAGGGUCUUCAGAGAAUACCAACUGUCUGGACCCCAUGGUGGCUGGUGAAAUACCUGGAGCAGCUAAUGUAAAUGUCAAGGGAGAUUUUAGCCUUACGUGUGAUGCAGCUGGCUCUUGGGAAAAGCAGGUUGCUAAAACUGAAGAUGGGCAAUUAGAUAAUCAUUAUAAAUGUACCUCAAAAACAAAGCACAGGGUAGAUAUACUGUCACAUGAGAGCCACAAAGAUAAGUCUAAGAAGAAACGGCACAAAGAUGCCAAGUUUGAAGGAGAGCGCAUUCCUCAUCUAGUGAAACAAAAGCGAUACAGAAGGGAGAACAGUGAAGAGAAGGAGGAAGACUCAAAGAAAAAUGAUGAUUACGUCUUGGAGAAACUUUUCAAAAAAUCAGGGGUACACAGUGUUAUGAAGCAUGAUGCCAUUAUGGAAGCUUCCAGUGCAGAUCAUGUGCUGGUGGAAGCAGAAGCAAGCAGAGUAGCCCAGGAUGCCUUAAGAGCCUUAAAAGUCUCUCGACAGCGAUGUUUAGGAGCUGCUUCUGGUGUGCCAACAUGGACAGGCAUGAGUGGUCUUUCAGGUGCACCAGCAGGAAUAAAGAGUCGGUUUGGUCAAAAAAGAAACUCCAUGCUGCUUUCUUCACAUUCCACUUGUGCAUCACCUGCGAAGAAGUGCAAGGAUGCAGACACAAUCAAGAAAGAAAAUGUAAAGAAAUGUAGUUCCAAUGGGUACUUUGAUGGAAAAUCUGGAGAAUCGUCAUCCAGUGCACUAGACUCUUCAUCUUUAUUAGCGAAGAUGAGGGCAAGAAACCACCUUAUAUUACCGCAAGAGGCGGGCAGUGAGGGAGAUGAGAAUUAUCAGCAAGCAUCUGCCCCAGCCACAUGUUCAACAGAAUACGAUGAACUGCUCGUGGACGUGCGUAACUUCAUAGCGUUCCAGGCCCGCGUGGACGGCGAGGCUAGCACUCAGGAAAUACUGCACCACUUUGAGUCCAAACUGCCUGCGGCACAGUCCUGCGUCUUUAGAGAACUUCUCCGCAAUCUCUGCACCUUCCAUAGGAACCCAAACGGUGAAGGUGUCUGGAGACUAAAGCCAGAAUUCCGGUGACUUUUGUCAAGGAAAGGCACUCGGCCACCACUCUUCUUUCAGAGACUUACUGUUUGUCUAUUAAAUUAAGGAAUUAUUUUGUAUUAAUGAUUUAAGGAUUGACUGCAGAACUUGUUGCAGGCUCAGAGCUAACUUAAUUUCUGAUUUACACUAUUUAUAUGAAAGUGCCAUCUACCUCAUAAGUGAAACAAUACAAAAUAUCAGCACCUUUUCUUUAAAAGAAAUCUUAAUAUAAAUGGGAUGAAGAGUACUUACUGACUUCUUAUUGCAAUAAGAACCAUGGAUGUUGCUGUGGGUUGCAAGACUUCUAUUUGAUUUCUGUGAAAUCCCAAGAACUUUUUCCUUGAUUUUCUCUAUGUUACUUGAAUGGUCACGAGGCACAGAGUGUACCAUCAAAGGAAAGAAAAAAAAGAGAUGACAGUGGUCAGCAUGGGAGAUUCACUUGUACUGACAAGUGCAUCAAAAUCAUUGUAUGAGUCUUUCAUGGGUAGUGAGAAUUUUGUUUUAAUAUUGGUGCUUUCAUUGUUGCCACCAUCUAGCAUAUGCAGUGUAACUUACAUCACUAAUUAACUUGGGAAAUAAUUCUACUGCCACGGAGGUUUAAUCACAGCAAAUGGAAAGCCUGGCAGGGUAUUGAGAUGACUGACAGUUGAUAAUUAUGGAAAACUCAUUAUAUUAUGGAAAACCCAUUUACACCAUAAUUGUCAAUUUGGUUACAGUCUCAUACACCACUGGCAAUUGCUUGGUAAAAUAUUUCUUUCCACUGCGGUGACAGUAACUGUUAUGUUUGCCACAGGUUGUGGACUGAAAUCCCAUGAAAUGUUCAUGGUCUCGCUGUAAUUUAUGUCAGAAACUUUACAGUUCCCUGUUAGCACUUAAAAUCUUAUACCUUAACAAAGACUGGGGUGUUAGUUGGUCAGAGGGGGAAUGGUUUCACUAUAUUUUACUAAACAUAAUCACGUUUGACAAGAGACAUAAUUGGAGCAUAUACAGAAGUUGCAGGUUAUACCUAUUCUGUAGAUAAGGAGGAUCUCAGUCUUCCUGACAGUGAGGCAAGUUCUAAUACCCAUUUCCUUCCAAGGAAGGAAGGAUUGGAUUAUUUGUAGCAAACCUGAGUGCUACACUGGGUCUGUCUUCAAAGUACCAGUGUGCUAUGUAAGGAAACCGUCAAGGGGAAAAGAAUGGAUAGAUACUAAGAAGAAAACCACAUUCUUGCAGCAACAUUAAAUUACUAUAUGGCUUAAAAACUAGGAAUAGUUAAAUAUGGCUAAUGUCUUCCUAAAUUGUUAAGAAAAGGAAGGGCUGAGCUACUUUGUUUUUUGUUUACUGUGAAAGUUAUCUUGUUUACUUCAAGUGAAAGUACAAAUACUGCAAGAUGAAUGGUGAAGCAAGAAUACAAACUGUUACUGUGUUCUCAAAGAAAAAAAGUCUUUAAAAUAACUUCCAGUGGCUUUUCCUCUGGUUUUCGCUCAGUGCUAAAGGAUCUGUAGAGAUUUGCAAAAAGUGGUGCUUCACUGUUUCAAUAACUGUUCAGUUGGCUUUUCACAAACUGCAGUUGGAGUGGGCAGACAGUCCAAGACUGUUUCUUUUCCUCAUGGCAUUUGAAGGUGGGGCUGUUGCACCUUUUCCUGACAUCCCUUUUUUUCUGAUCCCAUUUAUAUUCCUUUACAUUCCAUGUUGCAGGAGAAGGAUGAUACCAAGACUCUAAGCUUGACCUAAACCAUAGGUCUGUUGAUACAACUUAAAAUGGAUCAGUAAAAGAGUAAAACAAAUCGAUUUUGCUGUUCUCUCCAAAGCUAUAGGGAUUUCUGAUUGGUUUUGGGUGUCAUGCCUCCCCCCCGCCACAUCCCUAUGCCCCAGGAACAAACCAGGAAUUCAGCUGUCAGCAAAGCUGCUUUUGUCACCUUAGCUGUCAGUUCUGGUAUCCUGUUUUGUUUACUGCUUCCAGUCUUAAAGACGUAGUUCCUGUACUAAGGAAAGUUUGCAGCUUCUCACUGUUAUCUUAAUGUAAAUGGACUUGCAUGUGCUUUUUAUAAACCCUUGGCUUUUUAUGGACUUAUUAAAAAAGUAAAACAAAAA